AUGGGCAACUGCGAUUCAGCGAGUGCGGAGUUGAACAAACGAAGUCGCAAGAUUAACGCUGUGAUAGAAAAUGACAAGAAAGCUGAGGAAACUGUUAUCAAGCUGCUAUUGUUAGGAGCCGGUGAAAGCGGAAAGAGUACAAUAUUGAAGCAAAUGAAGAUCAUCCAUGACAAUGGAUACUCUCAAGAUGAAGCGACUUCAAAAAUCUCCGUAGUCUGCGCCAACACCGUACAAUCAAUAGGAGCUCUCAUCGAUGGCAUGAAAAAGCUUGGCCUACUCUUCGCUUCAAAACAGUGCACAGAGUAUGCUGCUCUCGUAAAGAGGACCCUAGAGAAAAAAGAUGAGUUUCAACCGUUGAGCGAGGAGAUGUACAAAGCAAUUAAGACUUUAUGGAACGACAAAGGUAUUGAAGCAGCUUAUGAACGGAGAGAUGAGUUCUAUCUUCAUGACUCCGCAAAAUAUUUCCUCGACUCUCUGGAUCGAAUAUAUGACAAAAAUUUCGUGCCAACCGAACAAGAUAUUUUAAGGACGCGAAUUGCUACAAUGGGCGUCAUUGAAGUUUCCUUUACUAUGAAAAACAAAUUAUGGAGGGUUUUUGACGUUGGUGGGCAGCGGUCACAACGAAAGAAAUGGAUUCAUUGCUUUGAUGAUGCAAAAGCAGUGAUUUAUGUUGCUUCCUUGAGCGAAUAUGAUCAAGUACUGAUGGAGGAUGAUACGACGAACCGAAUGCAGGAAUCGCUGCAGUUAUUUCGUCAAGUUGUAAAUAAUAAGUAUUUCAUCAAUACUUCUGUUAUUCUAUUUCUCAACAAAAAGGAUCUCUUUGAAAAGAAAAUAGGACAUGGAAAAUCAUUGCGGAUCGCAUUUCCAAACUACAAAGGUGGUGAAAAUUACGAUGAAGCUGCCAAAUAUAUAGAAUCGCAAUUUAUGGCUGCAAAUGAAAACAAGGAAAAAUCGAUCUACACUCAUUUGACCUGCGCAACUGAUACACAACAAGUACAAUUUGUGCUAGAUAGUGUCUUAGACACUAUUUUAUCGUCUAAGCUUAAAGGGUGUGGUUUGUAUUGA